ACGAUGUCUUCCUCAUCUUGGUGGGUGUUUUUGUUUAUGCAGGUUUGGUCCGUUACCAAGCAAGCUAUUCGAUCUAUCCAGGACAAGCGCCGGAAUCGCUCUUAUGACUUGGGGGGUUCGUCGACAUCGUUACCCUGACUCCCUAGAGUGGAAUAAUUCAUCCGUUACAUGGAUGAUAAGAUCUCUGAUCCAUCUUUGUCUGAUUCCGCUUGCGCUCCUCCAAUAAUGUUUGAAUGCGUUGAGAAAAAAUACAUUUGUAUGGAAUAUUUUUAUCCGCUGUUGCUCUCUGAAAGACAUGCAAGUUUGAAGUUCAAAAUGGUCUUGAGGCAGUAGUUGGGCUCUGAUCAAUACAGACGUGGACAUGAUCUCCUUCUAACAAUAAACAAAACAAGCGUCCAUAUAUGAUAUAUCCACGUACGCCUCGAUCGUCAGGUCUUCCAUGGAAAUUAUGAUCCAAAGUUUAAUGGUCAAGCCACUCAAGUAAAUUAAGUGCUUCAUUCGCAAAAAAAAAAAAAUUUGCUUACUGUGCGACAGAUAAGCGUAUGCGUUUACACCUAAUCAUCAAUCCCCCACAAAGAGUGCGUCCCACUCCCAAAUCCACCUUUGGAUCACCAUCUCCUUUUUCACUCACGUCGAUCGGCCGCAAGUGGAGACGGAGGUCGAUCGUGUCGUGUGAGCCGUGAGCGAGCUCGUCCGCCCCCUUUAUCACACGCUGCGCGCCGCGCGUUCAUGCCACCUCCACCCACUUGUAAAGCGAGCCAGCCCCUCUCUCCUUCCCUCUCUCAUCCAUUUCUUGCUGCUCUGAUCGAAGCAAAAAAGGGAAAGCUAUAAAGAUGGCGAGGCACAUCCAAGCCGAUCACGAGCCUGCAGAUGACAGUGGUGGUGCUGCUGGUGCCGCGCUCGUGCUGUGGGACUGCGGCAGCGCGCUCUACGACUCGUACGAGCUCACCGCCUUCAAGCGCCAGCUCGACGCCGCCGUGCUCGCCGGCCGCUCGCUCUCCAUGCCGCACCUCCCCGCCGCCAGCCCGGCCGUUCAGCCAGCCGGCCGCAGGAAGCGCGCGAGGCGGCUCCCCGCCCUGCUCCGGAGGCUCUUCUCCAAGGUGCUGCGGCUGGCGUCGGCGCGCGGGGCGAGACACGACCGCUACCGGGCGUACGAGGGGUACGGCCACGGCGGCUACAGCGGCACGGGGUCGCCGUGGUCCGGGGCGCUGACGUCCAUCCCGGAGGAGAGCGGCGGCAGCCCGGAGGCGGGAUCGUCCCCGGUCGUCCCCGGCCCGAGCGCGCUGCGCAGGGCACAGUCGGAGCGGUUCAUCGGCAGCAAGACGGCGACCCCCAUGGUGCAAUUCGAUGUCGUCUUGUAGUUGUAGCUCGUAUGUGCAUGGGGUAGUAGUAGUUACUUAGGUAUCAGACCAUCACAAGCCUGUAAGAUACCUGUAUACUGCAGAAUAUGCACUCUGCAGUGAGUUCUUCUGUGCUGCUGUACAUACAGUGUUCGUGUAAGAAUUUACAGGUGACAACUAAUGAAGUGCGGCCAUGGCAAAAUAGCUUGUGGCCGUUUUUUUUU